CCAACGCGUCCGCAACCCAAAACAGUGCCAAGGAACAGCGCCCGGUUCGCAUGGCAGCUAUCUAUAUAAGUAUUUCGAGUGCUCGGGCGAUCGAUGGUUAUAUUAAAGCUAUAUAAAUGUAUAUAUACAUAUGUGCGGAUAUGUGUGCGUGCAAGUGAUUCAAGUGAAAAAUCGAUUUUGGAAAGGUUGCAAUGCACGGAUCGUAUUGAAAAUGAUAUAAACAAAUAUGUUGUAAUAUCUAACGAUAUUUCCAAGAAGUCUUGCAUUUGAAAUCGCUUGGGAAGAUUUAUGGGUGGUGGUGCGCUGCCAUUCAGCAAGAAGAAAACUAUGCUAUUUAUAAAACACAGCUAAUUUCUGUGGCCGUAAAUGUUUUGUAUAAAGUGAAUAUUCCAAAAUUAAAUCAAACAAAUCGCCAGCGAGGCAAUAGUUCAUUGUGUGUUCGAAAGUGAACAAAAGGAUUGGGACUGAGAUUUGAAAUUGGGGAUUCGAUCCUAUGAAACCUAUAUCUAUGGUGUAAUCGGCAGGUAAAUGCCGUUGAAUAAAACAAAGCAAUACGCACAGAAUCCCGGCGGUUACGCAACCCAGCUGAAAGAUCCACACCAUCCAAAUUCGCAUCCACAUCCAAGAGGCUGGCCCCAUUCCCCGUCGUCCAGCCGCAAAUUAUUCUAAAUGCGGAAGUAUUUCGUGAAAAGAAAAGCCGAUAAGUUGUUCGAGAACAGAUGCAUCAUCUGUACCCAUCGCUGAAAGGCGAUCAGCUCUGCCCCCUCGGCUUUCACCCCCAGACUCGGUAUCCCACGCGAUGUAAGCGCUGCUUCCGGGAUUACAAGGAGCAUGGAGCCCGAAGAGCUGGCGAGGAGGUGGCUGCCUCCUCGCCCAAUCUCUCCGAUGCCCAGAAUUCGCGACCCACUUCGAGGACGUGGACUUCAACUCAGAACCUAACCAGUGCAAACUCAACCAACGGCAAUGAUAUAGUUGUCCACUUCAAUGUAGAGCUGAGGAAGCGUCCGCAGUCGUGGGCCUCCACGCCGGAUAUCGACGAGCCGGACGAUGUCGGCCGUCGCCCGCAGGCUCCCGCGUCCACCAGUCGAGCAACCGUCGCCGAGGAUCACAAUGUGGCUGUCACGGUGAAGCUGCCGGUGCCGCCACGACGCCACACUACCGCCUUGGACAUCAAGGAGGUGGAACAUGCUCUAACAACGCCAUCCCGUGUCACCUCCUCACCCAGUAAAACUUCAAGUAUUCCAGAUGAGUUAGUCAUCCUAUCGACAGACAGUUUAGCGGAGCGUGUUCGCAAAAUGAAUCUUCUCAAGAAGCAGCGCAGUCUGAACUCCCGUGAGAACAGUCGGGAGCGCUCAGUUCCGCGAAGGGAAGAAGAAAGCGAGUCCACAGCUGCCCCAGCACCUCCAGUGGUUCCUGAUCGUCCAGAGCGCAGCAAGUCGGGAAGUUCCUUAAACCAAUUGCCCCAGGCCGAGCUGAAGCGAGCUGCCCUGCCGCCCAAGAAAGUGGCGGUGGCCACCACCACGACGUCGUCCAGCAGCAGUGGCACCACCUCCCUGAAAACCUCCACUUCCAGUUCCGUGAGCAGCGAGAUGAAGGCCACCUCCUCAUCGUCCAGUUCCUCGACGAGCUCCAGUUCAGUGCGUCGCAAGGAGGCGGAUGCAGUGACAGUUAGCAAAGAAAUCAAAAGACAAACCGUUCCCGCUGCAUCGUCAUCCCAAUCCAACAGCAUUAGCACUUCCUCCAAGACAGCGGACUCCCUGGCCAUGCAGGAGCAGAUGAAGACACUGCGACAGGAUCUGGAGACCAUGAAGUCACGGGCCGAGAAGGCAGAGCGGGAAAAGAGUGAUAUUCUUCUGCGACGACUGGCCUCCAUGGACACCUCCUCCAAUCGCACUGCCGCCUCGGAGGCACUGAAUCUCCAGCAGAAGCUGAACGAGAUGAAGGAGCAGCUGGACCGCGUGACCGAGGACAAGCGAAGGCUCAACCUGCGGAUGAAGGAGCUGGAGAACAAGGGCAGCGAAUCCGAGCUUCGCCGCAAGCUGCAGGCCGCCGAGCAGAUCUGCGAGGAGCUGAUGGAGGAGAACCAGAGCGCCAAGAAGGAGAUACUUAAUCUGCAGGCCGAGAUGGACGAGGUGCAGGACACGUUCCGCGACGACGAGGUCAAAGCCAAGACCAGUCUGCAGAAGGAUCUCGAGAAGGCCACCAAGAACUGUCGCAUCCUCAGCUUCAAGUUGAAGAAGAGCGAUCGCAAGAUCGAGACUUUGGAGCAGGAACGGCAGAGCUCCUUCAAUGCCGAGCUGUGUAACAAGGUCAAGAAACUGGAAGAGGAGCUGCGAUUCUCCAAUGAGCUCACCAGGAAGUUGCAGGCAGAGGCCGAGGAGCUACGCAAUCCGGGCAAGAAGAAGGCACCCAUGCUGGGUGUCCUGGGCAAAUCUACAUCGGCGGAUGCCAAGAUCACCCGAGAGUCCCUUACGCGCGGCGGUUCCCAGGAGGAUCCUCAGCACCUUCAGCGCGAACUACAGGACUCCAUUGAGCGGGAGACCGACUUGAAGGACCAACUUAAGUUCGCCGAAGAGGAGCUUCAGCGACUCAGGGAUCGUGAGCGAAAGCGGGUUAGAUUCAGCUGUGGUACUCAAACUUCCACUGAGAUGCCACCAGAAAUCUUGGCUUUCCCCCGGGGCACACAAACUGUGACCCCAAACCAAAGAGAUAUAUCUACCAGUGUGGAGAACUUGGUGACCUCCAGUGAGGCUGACACCCAAACAGAUCUUGAAACGAUCGAUAGAAACGCUUCGACCGAAAGGGAAAUAAUGCAGUCUCCAUUUGUGGGACUCUUUCCACCAUCAUCGUCCUCGAGAGUGGGCCAAUCGGGUUCUCUGCUCUUUCCCAGCGCCAUUUCACAUGUCCUUCUGAGCGGAGCAGGUCGGAAGUUGAGCCCCACUCCACAUCCUCAUCGCCUGGCACCCGAGGUUCAUGCGGAUCGCGAUGAGGGAAUUUCCGACGAGGAUGAUCCCGCCGAGCUGAGAAUUCUCUUGGAGCUAAACGAACAGGAGGCCUCCAUCCUGCGACUCAAGGUGGAGGAUCUGGAGAAGGAGAAUGCCGAGUCCAAGAAGUAUAUGAGGGAACUGCAAGCCAAACUAAGGCAGGAUAGCUCCUCCAAUGGCAGCAAAUCCUCGCUCCUCAGCUUCGGAACAUCAUCCAGUGCGGCUGAAAAGAAGCUGAAGACCCUCAACGAGGAGUUGGUCCAACUACGCCUGACGCUUGCCGAGAAGGAGCAAGCGGUGGACUCGCUCAAGGAUCAGCUCAGCAAGCUGGACACCUUGGAAACCGAGAACGAUAAGUUGGCCAAGGAGAACAAACGUCUGUUGGCCCUGCGAAAGGCGAGUGAGAAGACCGGAGAGGUGGAUCAGAAGAUGAAGGAAUCCCUGGCAGUGGCCCAGCGAGAAAGGGAUGAGCUGACGGCCCGUCUCAAGCGGAUGCAACUGGAGGCGGAGGCCAAGUUGCCAGCACGCACCGCCAAAAGGGUUAACGACCUGACGCCCAAGAGUCACCUCAAGAAGUGGGUGGAGGAGCUGGAGGACGAGAUCAGCGAAAUGCGGGUCAUGCUCAGUUCCAGUGGAACCGAUCAGCUCAAGGCUCUGCAAGCCGCUAAGGGAACCCUCGAGGAGGACCUGAGGAAAUGCAAGCAGAAACUGACCCUGGCCGAAGGUGAUGUCCAGCGAUUGAAGCUCCUGAACGGAUCGAACAGCAAGGUCAGCGAUCUCGAACAGAAGCUAAAGCGCAGUGAUGAGGACACCAAGAAGUUAAACUCCAAGCUGAAGGACUUGGAGGAGAAGGUCAAGAAGCAGGAGGCUCAACUGAAGCUGGGCGAGACGAGCAAAUCCAGCUGGGAAGCGCAAAGCAAGAAGGAGAAGGAGAAGCUGUCCAGCCUGGAGAAGGACAUUGAGAAGCAGUCCAAGGAAAAGGAGAAGCUGGAGGCCAAGAUCACCCAGCUGGAUGUCGAUCUACUGAGUGCCAAGAAGUCAGCCGAGAAGAGCAAGGCCAGUUUGGAGAAGGAGAUCAAGGACCUGAAGGCCAAGGCCAGCAAAUCGGACAGCAAGCAGGUGCAGGACCUCAAGAAUCAGGUGGAGGAGGUUCAGGCCUCGUUGAGCUCCGAGCAAAAGCGCUACGAGGACCUCAACAACCACUGGGAGAAGCUCUCCGAAGAAACCAUACUGAUGCGGGCCCAACUCACCACCGAGAAACAGACUCUCCAGGCCGAACUGAAUGCCCAAAAGCAGAAGAUCUCCGAAAUGGACACCAUCCGCAUCGAGCGCACCGACAUGGCCAGGAAAUUGAGUGAGGCUCAGAAGAAGAUCGCCGAUCUCCAGGCCAAGGCCCUCAAGGCCGUGAACGGCAAUGGGGGCGAGUACGAGCGCACGGUCCUCAAGAACAAGCUGGCCGAGAAGGAGCACGAGUACGAACGACUGCGUCGGGAGAACGAGAUGAACAUCGACCUGGUCUUCCAGCUGCGCAAGGAUAACGACGAUCUCAACGGCAAGCUCAGCGACUACAACCGGAUCGAGCAGGCCCAGUCCUCGCUUAAUGGACACGGAGCCAGGCGCGAGGCAGAGAUCAGGGAGCUCAAAGAACAAUUACAGAGCACUGAACUGCAGAUGAAAUCCGAAGUGGCUACCGUUAGACUUCGUUAUGAGCAACAAGUGAAGAACCUUAGCGGAGAACUGAACUCCAUGCAGCGCCAAUGUGAACGCUUCAAAAAGGAUCGCGAUGCCUUUAAGCAGAUGCUGGAAGUGGCCCAAAAGAAGAUUGGCGAUCUCAAGGCCAACAAUACAGGAAGACAGAGUCGUGGCUCCAUGCAUAGCAGCGAUGAUGAUGACAAGAGCAAGAUUGCCUACCUGGAACAGCAGAUUGGCAAUCUAGAGGAUCAGUUGGUCGAGUCACGCCUGGAAUCCAGCAAGAUAAAAACAGAACUCGUCUCCGAGCGCAGUGCCAACGAAAUCAAGAUAUCCGAGAUGCAAUCGAAGCUCAACGAGUUCGAAGAGGAACGUGUUAUCGGAUCGGGUAGCACCAAAUUGCCGGGCAUGAAGACCAAGCUAGAGCUAUCCUGGCAGAAGGAGCGUGAGGAUCAACAGCGACUGCUGCAGGAGACCUCCACUCUGGCCCGAGAUCUGCGCCAGACCCUCUUCGAGGUGGAACGGGAGCGCGACAAGGAGCGACUGGAGUCCAAGCGGAAGCUGGACCAGAUUAAGCGGGCCACCGAAGAGGAAAUGGAGGAGGGCCGCAAGAAGAUCGCCGAGCUGCAGUGCGAUCUCUUGGAGCUCCGGGAUGUUCAUGCCAAGCUGCGUACCUCCAACGAGAAGUUAAGACGCGAGCGUGAACGCUAUGAAAAAGAGCUGAUCAAACGACGUAUGGAGGCAGAUGGCGGAGAUCGCAAGGUGGGUGCCCUUCUGCAGACCGUUGACGAGCUGGUGAAGAUUGCCCCCGACCUGAAGAUGGUUGGCAGCGGGGGAUCGGCCCGAUCCAGCAGCAGCUCCGGAUAUGACAAGAACUUGCGACCGGAGCAACCGAAUGUGCGCCGCAGUCGCUCGCCAUCGCCCACGCUGAGCAGUUCCCAGAUCACCAGUGUCCUGGCCAGAUUGGCGGAGGCCUCGGAGGAGCUGCGCAAGUUCCAGCGGGUGAACGAGGAUGAGCAGGAGCGCAGCCGGAUGAGGAGGAGCAAUCUGCGCCGGGCUGCCUCGCAGGAGAACGAUCCGCACGGCAGCACCAGUUCGGUGGCAAGUGCGGCGGGUUCCCAGCGGGGCGGAGGUCGAUUGUCCCGGAAUUCGUCCAACAAUGGAAGUCUGAUUCGGAAGAGCCUCUCGCUGGAUCACUCCAUACAAAGGGAUCAGAACAUUUGGCGCCAGGACGAUGGCAGUGUGUCCUCAAUGCAAUCCAUAGACUCCGAACUGGGUGGUCUUGUCAGGGACUCCAGCUUGGACUCUCGCCUGGACUCGCGUCUAUCUGGUGGGUCCACCCAGAGCGACAUACCCCGAGGACCUCGCAAGAAGAAGAAGGGCAUCAUGGGCAAGCUGCGCAGCCUGACCAAAAGCAGUCGCAAUUCCGAGAGUGAAAUAUCAAUUCAAGGAUCUGACUCGGAUAUCAGCGUGGCCAGCGACUUGAGAUCGAGCAAGAAGGAUCUUCGCGGCCGGCUCUCUGGGAUGUUCAAGCGAUCCGGCUCCAACUCCCGCAGCGAGAGCAUGGAAAGGGCUGGAACUGAGCACAGACCCGUGGCCGUCACCGUAGUGGGUCAUCCCGAUGGACCCCAACCUCGCGAGCCGCCGCCUGCCAAUUCCCUAACACCCCGACCCAUUCGUUCUAUCCCCAAACCGCCAAGCGGCGGAGCACCCACCACACCAACCACAAGACGACGCGUAGCCAAGUAGUCACCAAUCGGUUAAUAGGUUUCAAUCUCAUAGGACUCAUUCUAAUCGUAGCUGUAGACGUUCGAAUAACCCUCGCUCUCAUUGGCGCCUGAAUUGCAAUAUUGAAUCAUGCCAAGCCAUCAUAAUUAUUUGUUGUUUUUAAAUAGUUUACUACAUUUUUAUUUGAACACUCAGCCGAAAUAAAGUCAUCUUUUUCAAAUAA